AUGGAGUCUGUGACACUGGCGGCGUGCGGCGCGCCGGAGGGCAUUAGGACCGAAGUGUUGCUCCAGGCAACCGCUGCGGACCCGGGAAACGAAGAGCUGGGGGUGGCGACCUCCGUGCACGGGCCGUCGAACGAGGUGACGGCAGAAUCGGGCGAAGACCUGACCCCGGAGACCAUCCGCGCCGCCGAAGAGCGCUUGGACAAACUUUCAUUACGUAGCGUCUCUCUCCCGGCGGCGCCAGUCCUCGUGUUCUCGAUCGACGGCCCUAUCAAACGUUUCGUCGAGGUACCUGACGACAGUCCUCCGCGGAAGUCUGACAGACAGGACAAUGGUGGAGAUAGGGAGCCACUCAACUUGAAGAUGUGGAUGGUGAAGAAUAUGGCGGCGCUGGGCUUGGCAUUUAUGGUCCAUUACAUAGCGAUGAAGGGGGCCAAUAACCUGCAGAGCUCUGUCAAUGCGGAGGGGGGUCUCGGCACCUCGGCGCUCACUGCUUACUACUCCGCAUUUAUUUUCUCCAACGCCUUUUUGCCCGUCAUUAUCAUAAGGUGGCUGGGCUGUAAAUGGACGAUGGCGGCGGGCAUCUUGGGCUACGUGCCGUACAUGGCGGCGCAGUUCUGGCCGUCGUUCUGGACGCUGGUGCCGGGCGCGCUGCUGGCCGGGCUGAGCGCGGGCCCGCUGUGGUGCGCGCAGAGCACCUACCUCAGCCACGUCACCGGCCACUACGCCGACGCCACCCCGCCGGCGCCGGGCCGCCGCGACGCGCUCAUGGUGCGCAGUUUCGGCGCCUUCUACAUGCUGUAUCAGAUGAGCCAGGUCUGGGGCAACCUCAUCUCCUCUGCAGUGCUGUCCCUGGACGACCACGCUAGCGAAGCGGUGGCGCCCACGACGCCGGCGUCACCGACGCCGCGCUGGUCGGGGGCGGCAGCGUGGCCGCGGUCGCCACCCAACGCGACGCAACCCAAGGAGGUGUGCGGCGCGCGCUUCUGCCCCCUGGCGUCGCGCGGGCCCGAGGCUCACGGGCCUCCGCUAGAGGUCUCUGGCAUAUUCGUCAUCACCGCCAUCUUCAUCGGCUGCAUCGUGGCUGCCUCCGCUACCGUCGCCUUGUUCGUAGACUCCAUAGACAGGAAAAAACAAAAUGACAAAGGAUCUUCAGGUGUGAAGCUCUUAGUAACAACAAUGAAGUUAUUGAAGAACCGCAAACAACUUCUCCUCCUCCCAAUAACAAUGUGGCUUGGCGUCCAGGAUGCUUUUGUUUCUGCUGAAUACACAUCUGCAUAUGUUACCUGUGGAUGGGGAAUCCAGAACAUUGGAUACGUGAUGAUAUGUUUUGGUGUGACCAACUCAGCUUCAGCACUGUUACUCGGAUGGGCUGUCAAGAUCACUGGCCGCCUACCCAUAAUGGUGACAUCAUUUGCCCUUCAUGUGGCCAUAUUAGCAACAUUAUUAAUCUGGCAUCCACAUCCAACAAAUCACACAGUUUACUUUGUCAUCGCUGGUCUGUGGGGAAUUACAGAUGGGGUGUGGCAAGCACAAGUCAAUGCACUUUAUGGACUCACCUUUCCUGGUAAGGAGGAGGCAGCAUACAGCAGCUUCAGAUUGUUUGAAUCACUUGGUUACAUAAUUGCCUACAGUUACAGUGCAUGGCUUUGCACUUACAUAAAAAUAUAUAGUGUGCUUGGUUUGUUAGUCCUUGGAUUUGCUGGGUAUCUAGUCAUUGAAAUAGGAGUGAUCCACAAACAAAAAAGCUCUUGCAAGUAGUUAGUGGUUAAAAUUUAAAAAUGAGUGAUAGCUGUAACUUCUUGAGCUUGUGUACUUCAAUCAAUGACAACUGUUUUCACAGUAAAAUAAAAUAAGUUGUAAGGAUUUUCUUUAUUAGAGCCACUGCAUGGUAGGUUGUCAUUGUUUCUCAUUAUGAUGUCUUUCAGUUCAUUUUGUGUUUGUGGAGCCUAAAAUGUUUUUUCCUGUGCGUCAGCUUUCUUGCAAAGAUAUUAUUAAAUGAAAUGAGAGGGAAAGAUUUAACACUGUGGCUUCGCCAUGACAGUGCUCUUUCAACAUCUUAAAAAUAUAGGUAGCCAAAGGCAACAGACAGUAGUUUUAAGUUAUAUGAUGUAAUUCCAGUUAUUUUAUUACCAUUGCUGAUUUUCAAUUGAGCUGUAUCUGCACCUUUAAGCACCACUACUGUAGUGUUACUUCCAUGUA